GUUUUGUAUACCGGCGAUAGAUUUCAUUCUUAUUAUUCAAAUGCGUACCAACUAUGGUACACAAAGUUUGCCAACACUGACACAAUCCGUACUCACAAUUUUUCACCCAAACCAAAAAUACAACCCUGACGCACAAUUACGAACCAUAUUAUGAUUGACCCCAAACAUAUUUUUCCAUUGUGUUGAUUAAACGUUUCUGUGAAUAAAUGGCGUGAUAUUGGUUGCAGAAUUAAAGUUAAAAGAAAAUAAAUAAAUUAAGCAAGUGAACGUUGCGAUCAAAGUGAAUGUGAAGAUAAAAUGAGUGGCAUGAAAUUUGUAAAAACCACUUUCAAAACACAAAAGGAAAUUGUUCGGGUCAACUUUAGUGGUGGUGAUGCCUACAAUUCGUUUAUGGCCGAAGUGAAAAAAACCUACAACAUUGACAGCAAUGCGGAGGUUCAAGUGUUGACCACAGAUUUUGUGCUCAAACCGGAUAUUUUCACCGAAUAUGUGGCUCAAUUUAUAAAUAAUUUGGAUUUUAUAUUGGAUAUAAAGGUGAUAACUCCUAUCCCUACUAAAAUUCAAGAACCCUUGACACUAUCCCCUCCUACGGCACCCGCUGCUAUCCUUAUUAAAACCAAUGACGAAGAAGAACCCGCUACUCUCCUUAUUAAAACCAAUGACGAAGAGGAUGAAGAAUUUAUAUAUGAGGAAACCACCAAUGAUAUGAGAGGCGAAAAUCAGUUGUUCUCAAUAUCCUCGCCUUCUAUUCUACCUUCAACAUACUCCAGUUUCCAUGUCCCUCCAAUUCCUUUGAAUAAACUGCCCACAAAAGAUGACAUUGUCAAAAUUCGUGAGAUCCAAGAUAUACUAAGAAUGCAAAAGUUGGAAAAUAAACAUCGCACCAGAUUGGCUAAAGCUAUCAUAGCCCUAAUACAACACAAUGAUCCAAAUGUUAAGCUAAUAAGAGAACAUUUUCAACAACUGUCACAAACAAUUGUGGAUAUUUUCCCGACAGAAUUAAAAGAAACCUAUUAUGUGCCAUGUACACAGGGACGACCAGCUUUGGGCAAGUUAUUCGAUGCCUAUCACAAUGCCAGAACUCAGCUGAGGGCAGCCGGGUUAAUUCCACUCAGACGUAACAGACAUAAAGUGGAUAAUAAUAGCAGUAAGUACAUAGAUGAACAGAGCAACAAAAUUUUAAGUGUACGGCGUAAUGGGACUGUUAGAACCCGCAAGAUAUCCUCUAGACGCAAUAGUGACCAAAACUAGACAAUAUGGCACAAAAGAGUUAUGGAUGAGUUGACAGAGAGACUCAUAUGACAUGGACUCCAGGGAAGCAUAUAUGGGCUGAGAAAAUGGCGAACUGCCCACCUUCCUUUUGUGUCAUAUGAUAGUUCCAUAAAAGGAAGGGACGGAGUUGAGAGCUCUCUUAUUAUUGGAAUUAUUAAUGCUGGGAAGAUAAUAAAAAGCGAAAAAAGGCAGACAAUUUUAAUUUUAAGUUAACCAAUUAAUUGUAGG